GCCGUCCUCAUCUACAUCUCAAUUAAUCCGGGGAAUCCACAAUCGAACGCCCCAGAAAGCGCCAUAUCAACAAAUCCAAUAGGGGAGAAGAAAACAAAAGAAAGCAAUGCGCCUCCAAAACGGGCGUCUCUGCGAAUUCACCAACCCCUGCAACACCAACUCCCCACAUCCCCGAAAACUAAUCUCGCACAUCUUCGGCCGCAACAAGACAGUCACGCGCACCUUCCCGGACCAUGUCUGGGUGUACUUCUGUCGGAAGCACUACCAGCGGUCGCGGUACAGGGAUGCGUUGUGGGCACUUCGGCAGUGUGAUAUUUUGGAGCAGACGCUGAACCGGAUGGAGAGCUGGGGGCAGGUUAGAGUUUGGGAAAUUGUGAGGAGGAGGAGGGCUAUGCUUUCUUCCUCUUCUGGGAUGGUUCAGGAUGGUGGUUCCGAUUCUGGUUCUGCUGCAGCUCCUGCAGAUCCAGACGCAGGUCUAGAUACAGACGUAGAUGUAUCCGGUGCGGAUACGGACGCCUUAGACACCGAUGGAGUUGAAGACGAGGAUGGAGACGGAGAAGAAGAAGAUACCGAUGCAGACAUGGAUCCCACACCAGCGAACACCAACGCAACUACUACUGCCAGCACCACCCACCGCACCUACCGCACCCGCAGAAACCGGCCAAACCCUAUCCCACCCUGGCUCAUCCAUGAACUAGGUCCUAACAAGUCUUUCCGGGAUAUCCGCACCAUUAUUACCCGGUUGAGGGAAGAUAUCCAGACCAGGAGAGUGAUCAGAUUCCCGGAUAUUGAGAUCUUACCCGAUUUUUAUCCUGGGGUGUAUGCUCUUCAACAGCAGCAGCAACAGCACCAAAUAUCGGGUCUAUCUCAAGGUUCUUCUACUGUGACUGGUUCAUCUAACAACAACCACAGCAGCAGCAGGAAUGCCUCCCGCGUUGACCGGAGAGGUCGAGUGCGGAAGCUUGGCCCUCGCUCUCGACGGAGUCAUUAAUCCGACUAUUCAAUCUUAAACAAAGGGCGAAUCUACAUAACGAUAUGGUAGAUAGUCGUAGAAUCAAUGAGUCAACUUACUGCCAG